CGGAGGCUUCUGCCCAUAACAAAGAUGACUACCCACUUUGACUUACCACUCCCUUCAACCCACAAAAUACGUGACUGUCUUUCACUUUCGGGUCACUGUGGAUGGGAGAUGGCGCCGAUUCCGAAGACGGUGGGGCAGAUCAAGCUAGACUGUCCUCUGACGCUCGGCUGCCCGCUGGGGGUCGCUGCUGUCCCCAAACUCUGCAGAGAAUUCGGUCCUGAGGACUACGGAGAAGAGGACAUAGUGGAUUUUCUGCGACGGCUGGUGGAGAAUGAUCCCCAGGGCCUGCACCGGAUCCGUGUGGAUGGGAGCAGCGGGCGGCUGCAGCUGUGGCACCAUGAUUGUCUCCUGGAACAUUUCUGUGAUGAAGGGAAAACAACUAGACAGAGUGACAGGGGCAAGGGGGCUGAGGGACUGGAUACCUACUGUGGCCUCCAAAAGUCCUUCCUGUACCCUCCCCCAGGGUCUAAGCCCUGCCCUCAAAGACCCUCUGCCUCGGCUUCCUUCCCCGGCGGCGGCGGCUCAGACAGUCUGCUCCAGGUGGCCAUGCCCCAGAGGCUCCUGCCAACUGAGGAGGAAGCCAAUCGCCUGGCCGAGGAGCUGGUGGCCGAGGAGGAGCGCGUGAAACAGAAAGCAGAAAAGAAGCGACUCAAGAAGAAGCGUCAAAAGGACCGAAAGCGACAGGAGCGCAUGGAGCAGGACAGUGGGGAGCCCAAGGUCGAGGGCACCCCAGAUGGGAAUGGGAGCCCCCCAUCCAGCCCUGGGAACCCAGCUCAUGGACAGUGUGGUGAGGAAGAAGAUGCACUGGAUCUUUCUAGCACUUUCGUGUCUCUGGCUUUGCGCAAGGUUGGGGAUUGGCCCCCUAGUGUCCUCAGAGAGAAGGAACUGGGCCAGGAGCACCGAGGCAAGAACCUGGGCCCUCCAGAGAAGAUAAAUGAGAAGGGAGGGAGGUCUCCAAGAGAAGAGAGCCCCAGGCAGAGUCCUAAGUCAGAGGCAUCUCCAGGACUGCUGGCAGCUGCCUUACAGCAGAGCCAGGAGCUAGCAAAAUUGGGUACUGACUUGGCCCAAAACGGUUUCUACCGCGAGGCUGUGGGCCUCUUCACUCAGGCCUUAAAGCUCAACCCUCGGGACCACCGGUUAUUUGGAAAUCGCUCUUUCUGCCAUGAGCGGCUGGGACAGCCGGUGUGGGCCCUGUUCGAUGCCCAGGUGGCCCUUACCCUGCGGCCCGGCUGGCCCCGGGGCCUCUUCCGCCUGGGCAAGGCCUUGAUGGGGCUGCAGCGCUUUGAGGAGGCAGCUGCUGUGUUCCAGGAGACUCUAAGAGGUGGGUCCCAGCCUGAUGCAGCUUGGGAGCUCCACUCUUGUCUUCUGCGGCUUGCUACGCAGGAUCAGCGAGGAGGAUACCGUGCACCACCUCUGCCAACUGGAUUCCCCAAGCCAGCUCCCCACACUGAGCCUGGGGCCACAGACCUCCUAUCCCUCAGUUACCCUCGAAGCACUGCCCCUGGCCUUCUGUCUCCACCUUUGCAUUAUCUGCCACGUCACCUGAGCCUCUCCAACGGGAUCCUCCCCCAGACUCAGAGUAGAAGACUUCCUCUCCAUUUCCAGCAUCUACCUCAAAGGGCUGGGGCACCCAGGGACUCGGGCCCCAGUAUCUACCUCAGGCUAGAUGAAGGAGGACCUGUCCCUCAUAGGACAAGGCCAUGUGUGUAUCCCACAGAGGUAAGGGACACUGUAUGGUGGCUGUUUCCUGCAUAUUUAGGGACCUUGUACUCUAAAACCAUAGUUAGAAACAUUCCUGGUAGUCAUUCCUCUGGCCGCAUAACUUCUCUCAUAAGAAGUUAUGAGAGAAAGGAGCCCCAUAUCCAUGGAAACAGCCUUUUUCUUUGUUUUUCAAACAGAUGGCUUCCUUAGUGUCCUCUGGGGGCAAUAAGGAAAAGCAAAAUCCAAGACUCGAAAAGGGCACUGGCCCUGCCUGAGUGGUUCAGUUGGUUGGAGCACUGUCCCAUAUACCAAAAAGUUUCAGGUUCAAUCUUGGGUCAGGACACGUACCUUGGUUUUGUGUUCGAUACCCAGUCGGGGUGCAUACAGGAGGCAGCUGAUCAAUGAUUCUCUUUCCCUCCCUCCCUCUCUCUCUAAAAACAAAACAUCCUUGGGUGAGAUUUUUUUUUAAAGGGAACUAUACAAAAGUUCAGAUUUUAAGGCUAUAAUAGACCCUGCAGGGGGUGUUUGGGGCCCGCUCUGCUCUUGGCCCUGGGGGACUCAUUCACUAACCAGAGCUCUGUGCUCAGGAAUCGGGUCAUGGUGACAAAUAAGGCUGAGUCCCACCCUUCACCCCGAUGGUUGCUCACCUCUUCCUAAUCCCAGUUCUUGCCCUGUUUUCUCUAACCCAGCCCAUCAUGCCUUCUUUCCCGCCCGUAUUUCUGUGCACAUUUGGACCUAUCCUUUGCCCAGUAGUCUGAUGCUUACCUCCUCCAACUGCUAGAAGAUUUGCCAAGGGUUUGCAUUUGGGAAUUUCCUUACCAGCUCCUGCCUGGAGUUGGCAGAGCCCAUGCAUUUCUACACUUCCCCGCUUCUGGCUCCCCUGCUGAUGUGGCUUCAGCAGGCACCCAGGCUGCUGCCACCUUGGCUGUGCUCUUCCUCCACUCCAGCACUAGGCAUCGUAACUUGUCUUUACUCAGUUUUUACUCUGUAUUUACUCAGUUUUUUCCACCAAGGGUCACUGCCCCCAGCGAUGGCUGUAAUUUUCUAUUUCCUGUGUAAGAAUCAUGAGUUUCUUUUGGUUUCUUGGGAUCCUGGCAGCUGCCUCCGGCUGGUUUUUCCCUAGCCCUUCUUGGGACACAACUCACUUAAAAGCGAAUCUUCAGGUGACUCUUAGGCCUCCCAAAGUGCCGUUCCAAAAGGAACCCAUUCAUCAGGAUAAAUGAUUUCUGCUGCCCUAUGGGUCUUGCUCAACACCACUCACACCUGGAGGUAGAGGGUGUUGCAGCUAUAGUAGGAUGAAGUCUGCCAUUACUAGUUGAGUUGCCUUGGGCAGGUCUGUCAACAUCUGUGCCUCAGUUCUCUCAUCUGUAAAAUGGGUGCAAUUCCUACCUCACAGGGCUGUUGUGAGGAUGUACAGAGAAAGUGAGAAAAUACCAAGUGCCUGGUAUAUAGUGACUGUUAAAUAAACCAAUUUUUAUCUGCAA